AUGGCCCUCAUCGGUAGCAUCGCCCGUCGCUACGACGCCUACUUCGAAGCCCGCCCCAUCGUCACCAUGAUGGUGACUAACAGCAUCCUCAACGGCAUCGCCGACACCGUCGCCCAAUCCGUCACCGCCAUCCGCGAGCGCGCCGUCCGCCAGCCCGGCGGCGUCCACAGCGACGACCACCUCGCUAUCCAGCUCCACAACCUCGACACAAAGUCGCCACUACCACGCUAUGGAGAGGAGCUCAUCCCACCCUCCCGCCUUCUCCCGCCGCCGUUCGACUUUCCGAGACUGGCGAGGUUCGCAGCGUGGGGAUUUAUCGUCGCGCCAUUCCAGUUUAAGUGGUUCCAGUUCUUGUCGAGGAGCUUCCCGCUCACGAAGCAGGCGAGCACGGUGCCGGCUCUUAAGAGGGUUGUGAUGGAUCAGCUGUGUUUUGCGCCCGUGGGCUUGGCGGCGUUCUUUACGUAUAUGACGCGAGCGGAGGGCGGUGGGGGAAGGGAGAUUAGGAAGAAGUUGGACCAUGUUUAUAUCCCAGCCUUGAAAUCGAACUAUAUACUAUGGCCGGCAGUGCAGAUGCUGAACUUUAGAGUUAUCCCGUUGCAAUUCCAGUUGCCGUUUGCGAGCACGUGGGGUAUUGCCUGGGGUACAUAUUUGAGCUUGACCAAUUCUGCAUCGGUUGCUUAG